AUAGGUGGAUGUUAUGUGAUCAUUAGAGUCUCUAAAUUAACUUUGACUUUUAAAUUUGGUCCCUGAGGCUCACAACAAUAGACUCAGCUGGAGCUAUUCAUGUUCAAAAGUUCCUGUUUGACUCGUGGAGGCUGAGCUUUGAUGCUAGAACAGAAGGGAAAGGACGCGCUCCAUAAUGAGCGCCAUUAUCUCCGUCCGUUUCCAUAAUUUACUGUUUUCAUUUGUCCGCGCGCGCACACACACGGUCCCUUCUUCAUGUUUUGUCAGGAAUGUUCAUGUGUGUGUUGUAUUGAUAACGCGGGUGUGUUUCGCGUGUGACAUGUGAGUGGACCGAUAUGGAGAGAUAACAUCGCCCCGGGAAUGGAAACACGGUGAAGAAAGAAGAUUGUCAUGGCGGACCCAGAGGUGUCAACACAGAGUGGGGGCUAUGAUGUGGAGCUGUUUGUGGACACUCCAGACUACGAUCUGGUCUGCACCAUAUGCCAGGGGGUCCUCAGGUGUCCAGUAAGAGCUGCAUGCCACCACAUCUUCUGUAAGAAAUGCAUCUUACAGUGGCUGAAGAGGCAAGAAACCUGCCCCUGCUGCAGGAAGCCUGUUAACCCGAGCUUGAUCUUUGUCAUGUUCAAGCUGAGCAAAUCUAUUGGACGCAUGAAGAUCAAGUGUAAGAAUGAGAUCCGUGGUUGUGCAGAGACCUUCUCCCUUUCGGAGCAGUACUGCCACAGCAUGAGCUGUCUGUACGAGCUCAUCCCCUGUCCAUACCAGGGCUGCCGGGCGCAGCUCCUCCGCCGGGACCUGGACACCCACGCACGUCACUGCGAACACUGGCGUCAGCCCUGCCACAUGGGCUGCGGGACAAUUCUCUCCCACCGCACCCAGGCUCAGCACAACUGCUACAAGCAACUGAGGCAGGAGUAUGAAGUCAGACAGAGGAACCACAGGGCCAUCGCCACCGCCCUGCAGAGGAAGAUGAGGAGGAUGCAGAGCACCAUGGCCCACAUGAAGAGGCAAAUAGGGCUGAUCUGUGAGAGCCUGGAGGUAAUGGACGAUCUUCACGAGGUAGAGGAGGAGGACCUUGGGGAGAGCAGUGGCAGCUCUAGUGGGACUCCAAGUACCAACAACGGCAACUGCUGAGGGACGAGUCAGUUACUGCUGCUGGUUGGCUGCUGCUGUGUAUAAUUUCUGCAUGUGUUCAUUUCUUCAAAGGUGUGUGCUUUUAGAAUAUAUAGGUAGGUAUAUGAUUAAAAAAGAGUGAAUUUGUAACAAUUUUGUGCUGUUGUUUCAUCUAUUUUUUAAAUAAAUCAUUAAACUGUCAUCCUAAACUUCA